GUAUUAUGUUCCAUGAAGCCCAGAAUUUAGAUUUGCACCUUUUAGUUGCUUUCGGGACAUCAUCAAUUAACACCCGUCCCCCGAAGUCAAACUUUACUCUUGGCAAGAUUAGACAUGACAAUAGCUAUAUAAAGUCGGACGUACGUCCCAGUUUUGGCACGGAGGAUACAGUGUGUAGGAACCCAGCGCGUCCUCCGCUCUUACCAGCUCUUCACAGCGAGACGCACGAUUCCAAAGGAUGCUUCACCAUAUGCUUCUCUUAACCGCUGAGUUCGGGGUUUGGAUGUAGGUGAUCCUUCGGGCGCGGAGAGAGCUUUGAUUUGGAUGCUUCCUUGGCACGGCUUUCUUUCCUCACCGGUGAAAAAGAGAUUGCGGGUGACGCUGAAGCGCGUCUUGCGCGCUGCCGCUCGUUUUUCUCGGUCUCUCCUCGGGACAGGACCUUUUGGCGAAGGGAAAUGUGAAGAAGGUUUAAAGAAUGGCAUGUAAACAUGGUUUCUGCCAAGAAGGAGAUGGUGACUGCGAUGUACCCCACUUCUAUUUCCACUCUCCUCUACUUUCUCUGUGUGACGGCUUGCAUAAAGAGAAUAUCUGGACAGAUCAGAAAGGAUGAGAAAUUAUAUCCAGAAAAUUUCACACGCAUUCUUGACCGACUACUGGAUGGAUACGACAACAGACUUCGACCUGGAUUUGGGGGUCCAGUGACGGAAGUAAAGACAGAUAUUUACGUCACGAGUUUCGGCCCAGUGUCCGAUGUAGAGAUGGAGUACACAAUGGACGUGUUCUUCCGCCAGACAUGGGUGGACAGACGGUUAAAGUAUGAUGGUCCGGUGGAAAUCCUACGACUAAAUAAUCUGAUGGUGACUAAAGUCUGGACCCCCGACACUUUCUUCAGGAACGGCAAAAGAUCCGUGGCUCACAACAUGACGGCACCCAACAGACUCUUCCGGAUCAUGAAGAACGGCACCAUCCUGUACACCAUGAGGCUGACGAUAAGUGCUGAAUGCCCAAUGAAACUCGUCAAUUUUCCGAUGGAUGGCCACUCCUGCCCGCUUAAGUUCGGCAGCUAUGCGUACCCAAUGACUGAGAUGAUCUACACCUGGACCAAAGGCCCUCAGCAUUCAGUGGAGGUCCCACCUGAGUCAUCUAGUCUGGUCCAGUAUGACCUGAUUGGACAGACAGUGUCCAGUGAAACUGUGAAGUCCAUCACAGGUGAAUAUGUUGUGAUGACGGUGUACUUCCACUUGAAACGGAAAAUGGGCUAUUUCAUGAUUCAGACGUACAUUCCCUGCAUCAUGACCGUAAUCCUUUCCCAAGUGUCUUUCUGGAUAAAUAAGGAAUCUGUUCCCGCCAGAACAGUCUUUGGAAUCACCACCGUUCUCACAAUGACGACCCUUAGCAUUAGCGCUCGCCAUUCUCUGCCCAAGGUCUCGUACGCAACAGCCAUGGAUUGGUUCAUAGCGGUCUGUUUUGCUUUUGUCUUCUCCGCCCUCAUCGAGUUUGCUGCCGUGAACUACUUCACCAACGCGCAGGCGGAGAGAGCCACGAGAAAACAGGCCAAAGCCGCCGCUGCAGCUAGUGCUAAGAGCGCCACACCUUCAGGCAAAGCUAAAGACACAGAGGAGGUUCUGCAGCAAAACUCAGACACCAAUGGCAACCUAAGGAAACGCGUGAACUCCAGCGUUCAGUCGCAACCUGACGCUAAGAAACCCCAAAGAACCGAAUCGAAAGAACCGUCUGGCAAGAGCGGAACUGCUGCGUCCAAACCGACUCUGACCAGCCAAUCAUCUUCCACCUCAGAGGGUACCAGCAGUUUCUCCAGCCAAUCAUGUCUCAGCCCCAAUGCGGCCAGCCAAUUCAAUGCAGCCACUUCAUCCUCAGCCUCUAAAACCACACCCCCAGCCCCACCCUCUACGCCAACAGCCCCUGAAAAACCCUCACCCACCACUGGCUCCGCCCCUCUUCACCAUCUUCUCGGGCCUAAAUUAGAGAACAUUAAAAAGAAGGAAGCCAAAACCACCACUCAACCUGCUCAACCCGCUCAACCCGCGCCUCCCGCUACAGGGGGUGCCAGCAAAAUCGAUGAAUAUGCACGUAUUUUAUUCCCGGUGUCUUUUGGGGCAUUCAACAUGGUGUACUGGGUGGUGUACUUAUCCAAAGACACCAUGGAGGCCAAGGGAGGCUAACAAAGACUGGCUUGUUUGUUUGAACACUUUUUCUACAAUUCACUGAUGAAAUAAAGACCCCUUCGAAGGAUUAUGUCAACUAUUCGGCUCAACAGAUUAUUUGGUGAAAUAAUAUAAAAACAUUUAUUUCAUUGAUUAUCAAAAGGGCCGUUCCAGAUUUAGCAUGUGUAUAUACGAUAAUUAAAAAUAAUUUAAUACAAAAAACAAAACAAAACAAAAAAAAAUUCAAGCAAUUUCACUGGAAUAAAUCAUAGAUUUUUCUGUUGUCUGUUUGAAUAGCCAUAUUUCUGGUCUGUCCUAUAUAUUGCCAGAUCCACUGCAGCAGGGAAGAUACUACUGAAUAUAGAAAAAAAACAAUACAGGCCGUUUAGUCUAUUUUUAUAUAGAGACACUUUCUGAAAGAUUCCUUCAUUUGGAGAUUUGAAUUCACUCCAUGGAUGCCAAGAAAACACAUUUCUGACAUUGUUAUGACACUACACAUCUGAUUUGAUAAAGCAACAUGGUAUAUGUAAACUGCUGUGGCACAAAUGGCUUUUUUUUUUCUUGGUGAAAAAAUGCAUGUCUAUUCUUUUUUUAUAGAAACUUCAAGAAUUUUCUUAUAAGUCCUUAAAGCACAAAUGAUGGCUUUCUCUCUGGUAUUCUUUGUUUUUGAAUGGCUUGUUUUUAGUUUAGUUUGAUUUUGGAUUAGGUUUUAUUAUUGAAGUAUUUAUGUCUUUUUGCUUAUACUCUGAUAGAAAGAUUGUAGUGUGACAUAGGGAUGGAGUUUAACUAUAUGAAACACAUAGCACGUGUGUACGGACCCCUGGCAUCAUGAUCACACAGUGAAAUCACAGUGAAACACUGCCCCCAGUGGCCAAAGCUGUAAAUGUUGUAAGGCGUAGAGUCACGUGUGAGUUCCGUUUAUGUCCAGGAGAGGUCGCCAAAAGCAAAUUGUGAUGUGAGCUCCUUUCAGCUGUACAGGAUGUAAUACAGUGAAGAGGAAUGCAUAUUUUAUGGACUCAAUCCCCAAACCUAAACCUAACCAUUAGUAGAGUGGAAAUUAAAUGUUAGGUGGGAGAAUGCAACUUGUGAGUCACACUUGACACUGAUUAAGCAAACGCAAUUACUUCCUGGUUUCAGUGUGGAUACAAACCCGGGACUCUCACACUGAUGAUGCAAUGCACUACAGGUGGAGCCACAUGGAAGUAAACAUACUGAAACAGAUACAAACAUGUCUGCCGUGAAAUCUCAUAUAUCAGUGAGUCGAUAUACUGUCACCGAUCCUAGGAUAUCGGAACUUUUGAAAACAGCACGCCGACUUCCUUUGUGAUCAUGUUGCCCCUGGAGCCCGUUUCCAUGGCAACUGCUCAGGGUCGAGAUGGGAAGCUCAAACUGACUUUUAAGGUCAUCAUAAGAGUGCCAACAACAACAAUGUCAUGAAAUCCUCAUAGGGCUGCUUAUUGUAAGUGUAUAUUUGAUCAAAAGCAGUGAUUCGUUGAGAUAUUCAGUAUACACCAAUCAUUCGUCACGUCACAAAAUUAAUGUUCAGUAAAAGUUAAAGGACACGUUCACCCAAAAAAGAAAAUUCUAUCAUUAUUUACUCACCCUCAUGAAAUUCCAAACCUGUGUGAAUUUUUUUCAUAUGCGGAACACAAAAGCUCUUAGAAUCACGCUACUACACGUACAUUUUACAAUAACUUUUAAAAGAAUUACUUUGCUCGACGCAUGUAUCGCGGCAGUUUUUGGGUGAAAUGACCACUAGAGGCACUACAACAACAAUUACUUUUAUUCACUUUCACACAAAUCACGAGUAAAGCGGCAGAUUAUCAGUUCAUAAAACACUUUUCACCCUGCUCGUCACACAGUGCUCUCUUAUGACUCUUAUCUAAACUCUUUUACUAUUGCGCAUGACUUGUACGGUGGUACAUUUUAACGUUUGCAUUACAUAACCAACUGCAUUUACAAGCUGGUUAAAGUGCGAUCAGAUUGCGCAGUAGCUCAACUGACAGAUUGUUGCACUUGCAAUGUAAAGGGUACGAGUCCUGAAGAGCACGUUUUUCGACAUGUGAGCCAAAAGUGCUAUAGAAGCACCACAAAAUGAUGCGGUUGCUUUUGUCCUUUUUACUAUACUGUAGACCUAUAUCUCCACCUUCAAUUUCACUUCUUUAGUUUUUUUGCUAUUUGCAUUCUUUGUACAUAUCACCACCUACUGGUCGGGGCUGGUCAAUGGUGGAGAUUUAUUGUUAAAAAGGACUUAAAUAUUGAUCUGGUUCUCACCCACACUUAUUAUAUUACUUCUGAAGUCAUGGAUGAAACUACUGGAGUUGUAUAAAUUACUUUUAUGAUGCCUUUAUGUGAUUUUUGGAGCUUCAAAGUUCUGGCCACCAUUUACUUGCAUUGUAUGGACCUACAGAGCUGAAAUCUUUGUUUAAAAAUCCUAAUUUUUGUUCAACAGUAGAAAGAAAGUAAUAUGUAUCUGGGAUGGGAUAAGGGUGAGUAAAUCUGUUUGGGAGAAAGUUUUAUUCAUUUUUAGCACCACACAAUGGACAUUUCACCUCAGAACUGACGCAAUAAUGAACCACGUAAUACAUUUUCCAAAAAUGUUGCCACAGUCAUAUAUUUUUCCUGAGAUCACACUACUGAUUUGUCACAUAUAAGAGUGUUGGUCAUUCAUGUUUUUGAGUCGUUAUAGACAUUGCAACUGAUUUUCUGUAAAGCUGAAUAAAUAAUUCUUUAUCAAAGUAACGGCCAGCAUCAUCCAAUCACUGCCAACCUUGUUAAAAUAAAAUCAUUCAUUAUAUAUAUACAAAAUCUAAGGAUUGCAUUGUGUUUGAAACAGCAUGUGGGUGAAUUUUUUAGGUGAAUUAUUCCUUUAAAACAAAAAGAAAAGCGUUGCGAUUAAUCAGAAAUUGAUGGUGUGAAAGCCGCUGUUAGAUCUGUGUGUGGCGUCUGUUUUGCUGUUCUUACGGGUGCAGGAAGAUGCUGCACUGAAGCUCUGGUGUUGUGAAAUAAGGUUACAGCCUUCUGAUGAUCCUGGGAGUUGUUAGCAGAUGGCUUUUGACUUGAUUCAUUCCACCAUCUAUUAAAUAUGACAUACAACACAUACUGUAUAUGCAUAUGUGGCACAAAUUUGAUUGAUUAAUUCAUUAAAUUAUUAUAAUUUUUUAUUAUUAGGAUUAAUUAGAAGAAAUGUGCAUGUGUAUUCUAUGCAUGCAUACAUAUAAAAUGUUUUUCUGUGUGUGUGUGUGUGUGUGUGUGAGAGAGAGAGAGAGACUUUCUCACUGGUUAGACUGGACUCUGAGCGGUUACUUUUUAACGAGGCAGCACAUUUAAUCUAAUGACCUAUUAACUUAGCUUUCUGUCCACCAGACUGUUUCCAAAAUAAAAAGAGAACAUACAUAUAUAAGAAAGACUGUCUGCAUUACUGGUUGAAGGGGACAAAAAGAAAAAGGUCAUUAAAAAAGCCACUUUUAUUUUCCGCUUACAGCCCAGUGUAUGGGUGUUCUUCAACUUUGGGCACAUUUAGCACUGUGGACCUCUAGAAAGUAAAGUCUCGUUAAAUCCUUUUUCACUCUCGUUAUUUCUCUUUUUUUUAUUAUUUAUAUUUUUUCAUUUACUAACAAUGUCCAAAAGUGUCUGUGCAGUCAUCACAGGAAAGUUAUGUCUUCUUUUCCUUUUCUUUUUUUGGAAAGUCCUGAGAAUUCCCACCAAUGUCCAGCAUAUCUCAAAUUCUGUUUAAUGUUUAAUAUAAUUCUGUGCUGGAAAUGAUGCUGAAGGAAAUUCAUUUUUUACAUUUUUGAAAAUAAAAUGGUCUUGCUAAGGCUAGUGUCAUAGCUAACAUUUUAUGUAUCCUAAAUACACACAAUUAAAUAAUAUUUCACACUUAUUGCAUAAUGUGGCUAAAUUACAUCUUGAUUGGAAAUCAUGUCCAAUAAAAACAUUCUGCUAACAAACGAUAUUUACUCAUAUUUCAUCUCAAACAUGCUCUUCACCGGCUAUGUUUACACGUACACCAAUAUUCUGAUUAUUACUGAUUAUGAACCUUUUCAAUACCAUUUACAUACUACCUGCCAACACUUCAUUAUUCGAUGAGAAAUGUGAUGGUUUAAAAAUGUAUAUUUUUUACAUAAAACAUCUUAUUGCAAAUAUGUGUCUUUAAAGACAUAAGGGCAUAAGGGAAAUGAGUCAG